GGAUCCCUGACAUUGCCCUACGCUUGAACAGUGUCCACGGGUGUAGUAGGUAGAUCCUUCCCGCAAUGAUCAAGAUAGUUGUGUUGAUAUUUGUCCUCGCGGUGUGCGGACGCGCAGAUGACAAUUCGACUGAAACGGGCGCGAGGCAGAAAAGGGCGAUGUUGUUUUUCGACGUCAAUGGCAACCUGAUGAAGACAUUUUCGAACCCCUACAUGCAGAUGCUGGCUCGAUACGCCUCUCUCAGGCCGGAGCAAACCAAUUUUCUGGAGUACUUCUUCAAUUUCUUGCGUCCAUUACUUAUGAACGCGUCGGCCGCCGCCUACAUGAUACCUGUCUCCGAAGACGUGAUCCAACAGGUUAACAAGGAUCCAGUGUACCAGAACAGGUUAACGAUCUCGAAGAGGGGACCCAACUUUAACCCUCUGUGUGCGGGCCGCCGGUCGCAGAUACCGUCGCCUAGCAGUUGCAACAGCUUCUUGAGUUGUUGGGAUGGGUGGGCGUAUGAGCUGGAAUGCCCUGAAGGGCUAAUGUUCUCUAGCGAAGGGUUCUGUGACUAUGCUGAUAUGGUGCAGUGCAACGAAAGGUCUCGAUCCCCAACCCCGUAA